CGACCUUCCCUCGUUAGACUCUUUUCUUCAAGAAUAUAUAAUUGUAGUUUUUUUUCUCUUUCAAUAUGAUAAAGAUAAAAAGAAAAUAAAAGCGAGAUCGUUACCUAUGAAACACCCUCUAUACACACCCGUACCCUCGAGAACCUUUAAUAAUGACUCAUUAAAAAUUCAUAUAGCAUUGAGAUAACUGAAAAACAGCAGAGGAUUUAUGCUCUCGAAAAUUCGAUAUUGAUAUCACAAACGUAUAAUAAAUUGUGGCUACAUCGGCUAUGAAAUUUAUGACGAAUAAAUGAAUUUUUGUCAAUUUCAAGUCAUUUGACUCGCUGAACAUGUUUUGAACGCAACAGAAUGUCCAAAAAGUAAUAUGUAAACUGUUAUUGAAAAUUUAUUGUAUUCAACAGUCGCACUUAUGGAGACACCAGAUUGUCUUUUUAUUUUAACUAGAUUAAGCAUAAUAAGUCGUUUUGGAUAAGAUUUUAAAUAUUAUUCAUAUGCAUAUAUUUUUUCUGUUUGUCUAACAUUAUAUAAUAGAAUACAUAAAGAAAACAAGUCAAAGUGAGUCAAAAUCUACGAAGCGAAAUAUAUAUAUGGCACUUAUCCAUAAAAUACAACAGUCGGAUAAGCUUCUUAGAAAUGUAUUAAUUUUUUAUAAUUUAUUUUUUCAUGUUAAUAGACGUUAGACUUUUGAGUUGAAUCCGCCUAUAAAGUAUGUUCUAUAGUUAUCUGUUACUGAGAGUACAACUUAGAUCAAUUUCUAAUUAUGCCAAUCCUACUAGUAUGGUAUAACUAAAUGAUGACCUCGUACUUUCUUAUUUAUUUGUGAAACGGUAUAUCAAGUCAUUUAUUACAGAAUUAUAACGAAACAAAAGUAUUAGGGGUUUGAAUUUGAGAGAGGAUAUAUAUGUCCUUGAUGUUAAACCUUUAUUUCAUAAAAAGAAAAGUCCUCGAUAUAACCUAUAUCAAGUCCUUAUAUAUAUAUAUCACUACUUCAGAUAGAUGUAGAACAGAAGAAAAGUAGAACAACGAAAAUGUAGAUAAAGGAAAACAAAGAUAUAUGAAAAGAAAGAAAAGAAAAGAAAGCUGUGAGGGUAUCGGUCCGUAACAAAAAGUCUUAAAAAAUAUGCAAGUGAAUGAGUGUCACCGUAGGUAGAGUUUUUCAUUAUUUUCUAGCAUUUCCAGACAAUACUUCGUAGUAAAUCCUCUCAAAAAGCUUAAUAAUUGCUUUCUCGAAAUAAGACUCUGGUUACUAUAUGACAGAAGAAAUCCUCACUUCUUACCUGAAGAAAGUUACCUUAAUUUUGAUGUAUUUUUAUGGAGAACUUGAAUGAAAUUAACAUUACUCAAAUUCCAUUAAAUUCUCUUCGAAGUUCUUUACUCUUAAAUAAUGAUCAUUUCUUUUUCUCCAUUUCGUUUAUUGUAGUGAUUCCAAAUAUUCCAGCCGAUGCAACUUGGGCACAAGAUGGAGUAACUGUUGCUGGUGGUCACGGGCUUGGCAAUGCCACCAACCAACUCUGGAAUCCUCAAAAUCUUAUUAUUGACAAUGAAACAAUGCUCAUCGUUCACAGCUAUAAUAGUCGUAUCAUCCAAUGGAAGAUCGGUGAUGAGAAUGGACAAGUCAUAGUUGGAAACAACGGUGAAGGAAAUCGAUUGGAUCAAUUGAAAAGUCCAACUGAUGUAUUGAUUGAUAAAGAGACUGAUAGUCUUAUUAUUUGUGAUUCUGGGAAUCGACGAAUCGUAUGA